AUGUAUAUCUCCGAUCCCUACACUCAGUAUACAUUGUAUAUCUCCGAUCUCUACACUCAGUAUACAUUGUAUAUCUCCGAUCUCUACACUCAGUAUACAUUGUAUAUCUCCGAUCCCUACACUCAGUAUACAUUGUAUAUCUCCGAUCCCUGCACUCAGUAUACAUUGUAUAUCUCCGAUCCCUACACUCAGUAUACAUUGUAUAUCUCCGAUCCCUGCACUCAGUAUACAUUGUAUAUCUCCGAUCCCUACACUCAGUAUACAUUGUAUAUCUCCGAUCCCUGCACUCAGUAUACAUUGUAUAUCUCCGAUCCCUACACUCAGUAUAUAUUGUAUAUCUCCGAUCCCUACACUCAGUAUACAUUGUAUAUCUCCGAUCCCUACACUCAGUAUACAUUGUAUAUCUCCGAUCCCUACACUCAGUAUACAUUGUAUAUCUCCGAUCCCUACACUCAGUAUACAUUGUAUAUCUCCGAUCCCUACACUCAGUAUAUAUUGUAUAUCUCCGAUCCCUACACUCAGUAUACAUUGUAUAUCUCCGAUCCCUACACUCAGUAUACAUUGUAUAUCUCCGAUCCCUACACUCAGUAUAUAUUGUAUAUCUCCGAUCCCUGCACUCAGUAUACAUUGUAUAUCUCCGAUCCCUGCACUCAGUAUACAUUGUAUAUCUCCGAUCCCUACACUCAGUAUAUAUUGUAUAUCUCCGAUCCCUACACUCAGUAUACAUUGUAUAUCUCCGAUCCCUACACUCAGUAUACAUUGUAUAUCUCCGAUCCCUACACUCAGUAUAUAUUGUAUAUCUCCGAUCCCUGCACUCAGUAUACAUUGUACAUCUCCGAUCCCUACACUCAGUAUACAUUGUAUAUCUCCGAUCCCUACACUCAGUAUACAUUGUAUAUCUCCGAUCCCUGCACUCAGUAUACAUUGUAUAUCUCCGAUCCCUACACUCAGUAUACAUUGUAUAUCUCCGAUCCCUACACUCAGUAUACAUUGUAUAUCUCCGAUCCCUACACUCAGUAUACAUUGUAUAUCUCCGAUCCCUACACUCAGUAUACAUUGUAUAUCUCCGAUCCCUGCACUCAGUAUACAUUGUAUAUCUCCGAUCCCUGCACUCAGUAUACAUUGUAUAUCUCCGAUCCCUACACUCAGUAUACAUUGUAUAUCUCCGAUCCCUGCACUCAGUAUACAUUGUAUAUCUCCGAUCCCUACACUCAGUAUACAUUGUAUAUCUCCGAUCCCUACACUCAGUAUACAUUGUAUAUCUCCGAUCCCUACACUCAGUAUACAUUGUAUAUCUCCGAUCCCUACACUCAGUAUACAUUGUAUAUCUCCGAUCCCUACACUCAUAUACAAUGUAUAUCUCCGAUCCCUACACUCCGAUCUCGGGUGUAG